UUCUCUCGCUCCUCUCCCCUCCUCCUCCUCUCUCUCUCCUCUCUUUCUCUCUCUCUCUCAAGCUCGGAGGUGGCCAUGGCGAUGAUGAUCGACGCGUCGCGGCGCCUCGCGACCCGUUCCAAAUCGGCUUCGGCGGCGGCGGCGGCGGCGGGGUUGCUCCGCUCGGCGCUUAUCCGCUCGAUCUCCACCGGGUUCAGGGAGGAGCGCGACACCUUCGGCCCCAUCCUCGUCCCCUCUGACAAGUUGUGGGGUGCUCAGACGCAGCGAUCGCUGCAAAACUUCGACAUUGGAGGCGAGCGCGAGCAAAUGCCCGAGCCGAUCAUCCGCGCGUUUGGUGUUCUCAAGAAGUGCGCUGCUAAGGUGAACAUGGAGUAUGGUCUCGAUCCUUCUGUUGGGAAAGCAAUAAUGCAGGCGGCCGAAGAGGUCGCCGAGGGAAAAUUGAAUGAUCAUUUCCCACUCGUCAUCUGGCAAACUGGCAGUGGCACUCAAAGCAACAUGAAUGCAAAUGAGGUGAUAGCAAAUAGAGCAGCUGAGAUUCUUGGGCAUAAAUGUGGUGGGAAGUUUGUUCAUCCAAAUGAUCAUGUUAAUAGGUCCCAAUCAUCAAACGACACAUUUCCGACUGUUAUGCAUAUAGCCGCAGCUACAGAGAUUAACAGGAAGUUCAUACCAAGCUUGAAACAGUUGCAUGAUUCACUUCAUUCAAAGUCUGUUGAAUUCAAAGAUAUAAUUAAGAUUGGUCGCACACACACUCAAGAUGCAACUCCUCUAACUCUUGGUCAAGAGUUUAGUGGUUUCACUACACAGGUAAAAUAUGGUAUUGAUCGGAUAGCCGGCACUUUGCCUCGAAUUUAUCAGCUUGCACAAGGUGGUACUGCUGUAGGAACUGGGUUGAACACAAAGAGAGGAUUCGAUGUAAAAAUUGCUGCUGCUGUGGCCGAGGAAACAAAUCUACCUUUUGUCACAGCAGAGAACAAGUUCGAAGCAUUGGCAGCGCAUGAUGCUUUUGUUGAGGCUAGUGGUGCCUUAAACACAAUUUCUGCGUCUCUGAUGAAAAUUGCGAAUGAUAUACGACUUCUAGGAAGUGGUCCACGUUGUGGACUUGGUGAGCUUAUCCUACCUGAAAAUGAGCCAGGCAGUAGUAUCAUGCCGGGGAAGGUUAAUCCUACUCAAUGUGAGGCAUUAACCAUGGUUUGUGCUCAGGUGAUAGGUAACCAUGUUGCCAUCACAGUGGGCGGUUCAAAUGGCCAUUUUGAACUCAACGUGUAUAAACCGCUGAUUGCAAGCGCACUUCUUCGAUCUGUGAGGUUAUUAGGAGAUGCAUCUUCAUCUUUUGAGAAGAACUGUGUAAGGGGAAUCAAAGCAAACCAUCAAAGAAUAUCGAAAUUGUUGCAAGAGUCUUUAAUGCUGGUGACAUCUUUGAACCCUAAAAUUGGCUAUGAUAAGGCUGCAGCGGUUGCAAAGAAAGCUCACAAAGAAGGAACAACGCUGAAGGAAUCUGCUUUAAAUCUUGGAGUCUUGACAGAACAAGAGUUCCAUGAGCUUGUAGUACCGGAGAAAAUGAUUGGCCCCUCAGAUUGAUGUCAAAGUAAUAAAAUUUUCCUUGCUAGGGUCCUGACUUGGUGAUUCAAGCACCAUUUUGCACUUAAUUCCUUUGUCGUGGUGCGGAUUCCACCAUGAUUCUGCCAAGAUUAAUAAGAACACAUGUUUUAAACCUUCUCUGAGAUGUAUCAAUUUGGACUUAGUAUUUUAUAUUCUUUUGGUUUAUAACCAACUGUAGACGAGACGCAGCUUAGGCUGUAUUUCUGCGGCAUGCGAGGGAAAAGUAAUUGCAUGACUAUCAUCAAACGUGGAAUAAAUGAGUUGGGGUGCAUGUUUUUUACCAUGUCA